AUGAUUGCGAGUCUGAGCCUACGCCGCCUCCAGCUCUGGGCUUUCAACCUGGCCAGGUUGCGCAGUCACACGACGGCCUUGUCUCUGUGCCUCGCCACGCUGCUCCUUUGCCCCUUGGUGCAGCUAUACGGCGGCGGCGGCGGCGGCGGGGAGGUCAGUUUCUACACCCGAUACUGGCCGGUGCGUUCUCGAUCCGGUGCCGGUUCGCCGUGCCACGGAGUCGCCGGCGCCGCUGGAGUCGUCGUGUCUCUGAAGACGAGGGCCGCGAGAGCCCAUUCGAGGGUUCCGCCGCACUUUUUGACGCACUUGCAAUGCCUGCCCGAUGUUUUUGUUUUUUCGGACAUGGAACAAGACAUUGCCGGCCGCCGUGCUCAUGACGCGCUGGGCCGUGUUGAAGACCGGGUCAAGCUUGAGAAUCAAGAAUUUCGCUUCUACCAGGACCAGAUGGACUGCCCUAGCUCCCGGGAGCAGUGUCGGGACGACCCCCUCAUGGCGGCAGCCCUGGAAAAGUACAUGCCCGUCAACAUUGUUGCCCGGGCGUGGGAACUUCGACCCGGACGUGACUGGUACGUCUUCGUCGAGGACGACACCUACGUCGUCUGGCCCAACUUGAUCCACUGGCUGCGCAAAAAGGCACGCCGGGAACGGGAUCCGUUCGUGGGCAGCGCCGUCAUGCUCAACGGGUACGCCUUUGCCCACGGCAGCAGCGGCUUCGCCCUCUCCGGCCGCCUGAUCGACCGCUGGGUGAGCAAGUUUCCCAACAUCACCCAGACGUACGACAGGUUGGCCCACCAGAUCCCAUAUGGCGGCUUGGCGCUUGCAAAGGCCCUGCAGCUCGUCGACGUCGGAGUCAAGCAGGCACAUCCCAUGUUCAACGGAGAGAACCCGACCACGGUCCCGUUUGGCCGCAACCAUUGGUGCCAGCCCGUGUUUACCAUGGCGGCAAUGACGUCCCAGGGAGUCGGCGACAUGUGGGAAUACGAAAGGUCGAGAAACGACUCUGGUCCCAUUCAAUACCGACACCUCUAUCGCCAAUUUGUCCAGCCACACAUGGUCCACGUCCGCAGAGACUGGGACAACCUCUCCAGCGGCACCUGCUACGUCGGCCCCGAGGACGAGGACCGAGUCUCCGACUGCGUCAGAAGCAGGCGGAAACCAGAGUCGGAGAAGAACAUUGUUGAAAAGCAGGCCCACAAGUCGCCAGCGGCCUGCGCCAAAGUCUGUGAAGCAGAGGGCCUGGAAAUUUCCGACGCUGACUUUUCGUCCCCCUCGACCGAGACCGCACGAGCCGAGUUGGUGCGGAAAAGGUACGACGACAAGGCUGGGCGGGACGCCUCGUUCCGGCUGAACCGGACGUGUUUUCAGUGGAAGUACGAGCACGGCGUGUGCGUUACGUCUCCGACCUUUACUCUGGGAGUGCCUCGGCCGGUGUCGGGCGAUUGGAAGUAUGAAAAGGUCGUGACGAGCGGCUGGUUCGUCAGGGGUAUUGAGGAUUGGGCCGACGCCAUGGGGAACUGUCCGCCGCGGUGGAAAGAACCAGUUACACCUCGCUGA